UUCAUUUUUCCAUUAACCUCACGAAAAUUUGCCACACCGAAUCAAUGGAGAAACAACGAAAAUCAGGUCAUUUGGUGCUUGUUAUGGUACCCUUUCAAGGCCACAUAACACCCAUGCUCCAGCUAGCUACUAUCUUACACUCAAAAGGCUUCUCAAUCACCAUAGUUCACCCUGAAUUGAACUCUCCUAACCCUUCAGACCACCCUGAAAUUGCCUUUGUUUCGAUACAGGACAAGCUCACGAAAUCCCAAUUCUCGCUUAAAGAUGUUGCAAGUCUCACGCUGAUUCUCAAUAGAAACUGUGCAGCACCAUUACAGCAAUGCAUAACAAAUAUAUUGCAUUCUUACGAUCAUAUAGCCGCUGUUGUCUACGAUACACUCAUGUUUUGUGCUCAAACUAUCGCCGACAAUCUGAGUCUACCGGGGAUAACUCUUCGUACAUGCUCUGCUACAACGUUGCUAUUAUUUCCUGUCUUUCCUCAACUUGAUGAGAAAGAUUUUAUUUCUGAAAUUGAAUCGCCAGAGCUUCAAGUUCUUGAGCUUGAACGCUUUCGUGCAUUAUUAUCACAAAAUCCAACUGAAGCUGUGAUGGAGAGUAGAUUCGCAUUCACGAAUGCGGUGAGGAGCUCAUCAGCUAUAAUUGUGAACUCAAUGGAAUUUCUUGAACAAGAAGCACUGUCAAAGGUCAAACAAUACUUCCCUGCUCCAAUUUUCACCAUAGGACCAAUACAUAAAUUAGCCCCCAAGGUUUACAGCUCAUUGUUGACUGAAGAUGAUAAAUGCAUCUCUUGGCUCGACAAACAAUCCCCCGAAUCUGUCAUUUACGUGAGCUUCGGUAGCAUAGCCAGCAUCGAUAAACAAGAACUGAUCGAGGUGGCUUGGGGGCUAGCCAACAGUAAACAACCCUUUUUGUGGGUGGUUAGGCCUGAUUCGGUUCGUGGCUUGGACUGGAAUGAACCAUUACAAAACGGAUUCCAGGAGAGUGUGGGAGAAAGAGGCUGCAUAGUGAAAUGGACACCUCAGAAGGAAGUGUUGGCGCAUAUAUCAGUAGGUGGAUUUUGGAGCCACGGUGGCUGGAAUUCAACCAUUGAGAGCAUUUGUGAAGGGGUGCCAAUGAUAUGCAAACCUUUCUUUGGAGACCAACACUUGAACUCAAGUUACAUAUGUAAGGUUUGGAAAAUAGGGUUGGAACUGCAUGAACUAGAACGCGGGAACAUAGAAAGAACAAUAAGAAGACUAAUGGUGGAUAUGGAAGGUAAUGAGAUCAGAACGAGAGCUAUGGAUUUGAAGGAGAAAGCAGCUCUUUCUCUGAUGGAAAGAGGUUCUUCAAGCUGUUCUCUCCAUGAUUUAACAAAUCAGAUUUCAUCAGUUUAAGAGACAUGAAACUGAACAUCAUUGUUGUACUUUUAGUUUGUCAUUAUCUUUAAGCUAGAAUAUAGAAAAAUAUCAAACAUUUGCAGCAUAAAUGUAGUCUUUUGUUAAAACAUUUUGCAUUGUUAGAAGAUGAAUCCUUUAA